GUGCCGGGCGGUGUGCGGGGCAUUGUGGGAGUUGUAGGCGGCGCGGCGCGGGCCUGGCUGGAGGCGCUGUAAAUCCUGGAUCCUCCGUUCCCAUGGCUGGGUGCCGAGGAGCUGCCUGAUGGUUCCCAGGCCGUGCUGAGGCUGCUCUGCCAGGACAAGACAUGGGGAAAAGGUACUUCUGUGACUACUGUGACAGGUCCUUUCAGGACAACCUGCACAACAGGAAGAAACACCUCAAUGGAGUGCAGCACCUCCGGGCUAAGAGAGCCUGGUACGACUUAUUCCGAGAUGCCGCCGCCAUCCUGCAGGAGGAGCAAACCAAGAAACCUUGUCGGAAGUUCCUGCAGACAGGACAGUGUGAUUUUGGGUCCAACUGCAGAUUUUCCCACAUGACAGAGCAGGACCUGGAGAAGCUCAGUGCUCAGGUUCAAGGGGAGAAGAGGCUGAGGGAGCUGCGGCAGGAGGGAGCAGAUAUCCCACCUGGCACCAUCGAGGACUGGCUGGAGAAGAGAGCCCAGAGACUGAGGGUGGCUCAGAGUAACAGUGCUCUUCCCGAGAAACCGGCGCCGUUCCAGUACCCCCCGGGCUGGCCCCCAGUGCAGGAGCUGCCCCCGUCCCUGCAGGCCCCCCCGCCUGGGGGGUGGCCAGUGCCCCCCACCCUGCAGUGGGGCUGAUGGGGGUGGAGUCCUGCCUCUGCCCUGGCAAAGGGAUGGAAUUAUGGAGUUAUUUAUCUGCACUUUUCUAUCAAUAAAGCCCUCCCCCCUCCCUCGCA